AUGUCGCAACCCAUCCCACGGCCCUCUGGCGUGCCCAUCCUCGGCAACAUCUUCGACGUCAAACCUGGCAAUCCGUGGGCCUCGCUCAAGAAGUUGGCGGAGGAGCACGGCGAAAUCUUUCAGAUCAAGAUCCUGGGCAAGACCAUCGUCUUCGUGGCCAGCGUCGCACUGGCAGAGGAGAUUUGCGACGAGAAGCGGUUCCGGAAAUAUGUUGGAGGCCCCGUGGUAGAGAUCCGAGCGGCCGUUCACGAUGCCCUGUUCACGGCCUACGACCACGAGGCGAGCUGGGGCAUCGCACAUCGCAUCAUCGCGCCCUAUCUGCAGCCCGAUGCCCUGGCGGACAACUUCGAGCAGAUGCGCGACACGGCCUCGGAACUCAUUGAGCUGUGGAAGGCGUCGACCGAACCCGUCUGCCCGUGGCGCGACCUCGCCAAGCUGGACCUCGAGACCUUGACCUUGACGCUGUACGGCCGGAAACUCAACUGCCUGAGCGGGCCGCAUCACCCCAUGAUCAAGGCCAUGGAGGACUCGACGGGCGAGGCCAUGCAGCGCCCCACGCGACCCGGCAUCCUCAACUGGCUGCUGUACCGGGGCAAGUUCAACUUGGCCAUCAAGGCGAUGCGGGAGUACGCCGCCGACUUGGUCCAGUACCGCAAGGAGCACCCGUCGGAUCGCCAGGACCUGCUCUCGGCCCUCAUGAGCGCCAAGGAUCCCGAGACGGGCGAGAGCCUGACCGAGUCGCAGGUGCUUGACGAGGUGGUGUCGAUGCCCAUCGGGAGCAGCACCGCGCCUUGCCUGCUCGCCACGAUCAUCUUUCUGCUGCUCAAGAACCCGGACGCGAUUGUGAAGGCGCGCAAGGAAAUCGACGUGGUCGUCGGCGCGGAAGGCGACCUGUCGCAUGCCCACCUGGCGCAGCUCAAGUACAUCGAGGCCAUCGUGCGCGAGGGGCUGCGGCUAUCGUUUGCCGCGCCAGGCUUCAACAUCGAGCCCAUCCCGAGCGGCGGGCCCGGCAGCAGGAAUAAGAGCCCCGUGCUCCUGGGCGGCGGCAAGUACCAGGUCGCGCACAACCAGGCCAUGAUCAUCGUCAUGGCCGGCGUCAACCGGGACCCGGCCGUCUUCGAGGAGCCGCUGGCCUUCCGGCCCGAGCGCAUGAUGGGCGACGAGUUUGAGCGGCUGCCGGCCGGGGCCAAGAAGUGGUUCGGCAACGGCAAGCGCGAGUGCAUCGGCAAGCAUUACGCCUGGCAGUGGACCAUGAUCGUCUUGACCAAGAUGCUGCGCGAGGUCGACUUUGCCAUGGUCGAUGCGGAUUACAAGCUGGAGCAGGACGGCUGGUUCAACGUUCGACCCAUUGAUUUCAACGUCAAGAUCCGGGCGAGGGCCGUGUAG